UGCCUUAGAUCAUUUAUCUCAUAAGCAUAGGCUCCUCCUCCUCCAGUGGAGGCAGAACGUGGAAGUCGAAAAAGAAGAAGAAGAAGAAGAAGAGAAAAAGAGCAUACAUACUUAUAGCAAAAGGAAAAGGAAACCGAUUGACCAGGGAGGAUGGGGUUGAAGGUGCUGUCGGCGCUGGACAUGGCGAAAACACAAUACUUCCACUUCCAGGCCAUUAUUAUCGCCGGCAUGGGCCUCUUCACCGACGCUUACGACCUCUUCUGCAUUAUUCCAGUCAUGAAACUCAUCGGCCGCCUCUACUACCCCAACCCUGGUACUCCCCACAAUGGCGUCACUCCCCCCUCCGUCGUCUCCAUAAUGCUCUCCAUCGCUCUAUUCGGUACUGUCAUCGGAAACCUUGUCUUCGGCAGACUUGGCGACAGGGUUGGCCGGAGGAGGGUUUAUGGCCUGGCUCUCAUUCUCAUGGUGUCCAGCUCCGUGGGUUGCGGUUUCUCCAUCUGCCGUACCAGGAAGUGUGUCCUUACCAGUCUCUGCUUCUUCCGGUUCUGGCUCGGUGUUGGAAUCGGUGGUGACUACCCUCUCUCCGCCACCAUAAUGUCGGAGUUCGCUAAUAAGCGCACACGUGGCUCUUUCAUCGCCGCCGUCUUCUCCAUGCAAGGGUUUGGGAUCCUAACCAGCUCCGCCGUGUCCAUGGCUAUCUGUGCCAUCUUCAACCGUGCCUCCAGGUUUCCCGACCCGUCCAGACCGACUCCUGACGAGGCGGAUCUCGCUUGGCGCCUGAUUCUCAUGGUCGGAGCCAUCCCCGCUGCGUUGACUUUCUAUUGGCGGAUGAUGAUGCCUGAAACUGCCAGAUAUACAGCUUUGGUGGAGCAAAAUAUUUCUCAGGCUGUGAAAGAUAUGGAGAAGGUUUUGGACGUACCUGUGAAUGAGAUCAAAGAAGAUACAGAUCAGGUCCCACCAGACCCAUCUUCCUAUGACCUUUUCUCCAAGAUUUUCUUUCAACGUCAUGGUCGUGAUCUUUUUGCCUGUGCUAUCACAUGGUUCCUCAUAGAUGUGGUUUUCUAUUGUAGCAAUCUUUUCCAGUCUCAGAUUUCUCACCAUUAUCUCCCCAAAAAAACAUCUGUCAAUGCCUACCAAGAAGCAUUCAAUGUUUCCAGGUUUCACGCUCUUAUCGCAAUUUGCUCUACAAUUCCUGGAUAUUGGGUCACAGUCGCCUUGAUUGAUCGCAUCGGUAGAGUCAAAAUACAGAUGAUGGGUUUCUUCUGUGUGGCUCUCUGCUUGUUCGCUGUUGGAAUCCCUUAUUACAUGUACUGGAAUACUCACACUAAUGCAGGCUUCUUGAUCCUCUAUGGCCUCACUUUCUUCUUCUCUAACUUUGGGCCUAAUACGACCACCUUCAUAGUCCCUGCAGAGCUUUUCCCGGCGAGAUUCCGGUCGACUUGUCACGGCAUAUCUGGGGCGGCCGGCAAGGUCGGAGCAAUUAUUGGGUCGGUGGGGUUUUUAUGGGCAUCGCAGAAUAUGCAUAAGCUUGAAGUGGAGUAUGGGUAUCAAAAAGGGAUUGGGAUGAUGACAACUUUGGUGCUUCUUGGUGGAAUAUGCUUGGCUGGGAUGAUGUUGACCUUCUUCUUCACUCGUGAAACUAUGGGAAGAUCAUUAGAGGAGAAUGAGAGGGAAGAAGUAACUAAGGAUGGGACUUUGUGGAGAUCUUUAACACAGCAGUCUCAAGUGCCUCUCAGUGCAAUUGCUGCUUUAUAGGUAAGAAUAGAUCAAAAAGAGCUUGGAAUUAAGAUCCAUCACCACUUAUAGUCCCUUCUUUCUUUCUCCCUCUUCUCAAUAUUACCCUGUAAAGUGUAAACUACUGUAUGCAAAGUUCUAAAAGAAAAAAGGCUGUGAAAUUUAGUA